UCGAGGCUUACUUUCAUUUUCAAAAGAAACGUGGGAAAGUCAGCGAUGAGCAAACGUAAACAUCUUCUUUCUUUGGCGUUAGCCUUGCCCAAGGAGGCUGAUACUACAGCUAAAUAUUUAAGAUUAAAAGCCAUAGAACUAUCAACUAAUAACAGCAAAGAACCAGACAUUUUUUCCACACACUGUGUUUACUGUGGCAGUGUGUUCACUCUCGACAGCUGUAGAACAAGAUUCCGUCCUAAGCUGACGCUGAGUAAAAAUCUGAAGAGAUUACUGGAGAGGCAUAAAGAUAAUCCAGAGUCCUUAGGCAAAUAUCAGCAGAAUUUGGUUAAAAGAUAUCUCAGUAGUAAAAAUGUGGUGGUUAAAACAUGUUUGCAAUGCAGCAAAACAAGCAAAUUCCCUGCCCAGACUAGAGCAUCUCAGACGAAACGAGUCAGAUCAUUAAAACCAGCAUCUACAGUACAACAGUCAGAAGCCAUGGAAAUUGAAGAGAAAAAAUUAACAAAGAAACAAAAGAAAAGGCUGAAAAAGAAACAAUUAAAAAAUUUGGUUGCAGGAAAAGACAAGGUUGAUUUAAGUCAAAUACAAGCAAAGGAGACUGACUCUGGGACCAAAAAUACACACAAGACCACAAUUCAUCAAAUACAAAAUAGAAACUCUUGUGUUACAAAAGCAAAAGUGAAAUCACAACAAUCUGGGAAAUUAGGUCAGAGACUUACGGGUAAAAAUCGCCACCAGCAGUUGAGUAAGAUGCUUGCCAAAGAGAAGACGAAAAAUAAACAAGGUUCUCUGUCCAUGUUUUUAUCAAGUUUGUGAAAAAAAUCCUCAUUUUCUGCUCAUUUUCUUUGUUAAAUUUGUAGAGUUAAGAUAUUCUGACGUAAAAUUUAAGCAAUAAAUGCAUGAUUGAUUUAUU